GCGGAAGUGAUCUCGGCGCGCGAACUUUUGGAGAGGCGCACGGAAGAAACUUACCGGGAGAGGGCGGGACUGGUAGUCUGGGAGUUACCAUGAGAUCAGACGCUGAGUCGCAGGCUGUGGGGUGCAACGGAAAUAAUGAAGCCAUUCCCGAGGAGAGUGUGAUUGUUAUUAGUGAUGACGAGGCUGAGGUCACUCUUGGGCUGGGCAAUUCUGUCUUGCUUAUCGAGGAUGCCGGAGAGGAGUCUUUUAUUUGUGAGAAGAAACCAGAAGAUGUGGUGGAUGAAGAGAUUGCUAUAACCUUCAGCAAAAAGGCUCAUGUGAUGCCCCACGCCAGAUACGAUUGUAUGCUGCAUCCUUUUACGCGUUUAGAACAAGAGUUACAAGUGCCUUUAGACGAAAACGCCACUUCGUGUCCAGAGUGCUAUUGCUACCUGUGUGAUAAGGUUGCCUCAGAGUGUCCAUACUGGACCACCGUUUCCAUCUGCCACUGCAAUGCUCACAACAAAAGCAAGUACUGGAAGGAACAGAGGGACACUGCUUUGGCUGGUGUGCUGAAAAUGUUUAACUUGGAUCUUACAGAGAUAGAUGCUGAAUUCCGGGAAGGGGGAAACAAACUGCAGAGAUUCAUUAAUGAACUGUCUAUAGUCUAUUCCAAAUAUUUGGAGGGAAAACUCGUACCUCGUGAUAAAUAUUAUCUCUGUGGAUGUGGAUGCCACCGUGGGAAAAAUUGCAAGCAAUGCAAAAACUGCCACUUGAAUCAUGCGGAAGUCAUUGUGUGCAGUUAUUCUCCUGUUUAUACCAUGGUGUUGGAAUACUUGAUGCGAGCAGAGAAGGAAACUCCAAAAGCUGCUGCUGUGAUGCUGUUAGGUGCCGCCAAAGAACUGAUUCUUCAUAAGAUGACUCCCAACACUCCUACAAGCAGUGAUCCGUCUACAAAUCCAAAAGAAGCUGUAGUCCGUUUGAUGUCAAGGAUUGUAACAACUAUGCAAAAGCAUCUGGUUUUAUCAGAUUACCCUAAGACCAUCUUUGACAAAUUUUUAAUGUUCUUCCAAUCGCUUCAACUCCCUCCGCACUGUUAUACCUUUACAAACGCCCUAAACAUUCACCCAUGGGAUAACUUAUUACUUACGUCUGUCCUAGCUGGUCAGAAUUUGACUGGUCAACGUACAAACAAAGGCAAGAAGGAAUGUCUCUGGGAGGCCUUAACGGUUGUGGAGUGCAGGGUAAAAAAACUCGAAAAGGACAAGAGUUACAGGCAGCUUGUACGUUACCUGAAUGCAGUGAAAUGCCCUGAUACGCCUGCGUUGAACAGCUUAAGACAGAAGUGUUGCUUUUAUAUGUGCAAAUAUGGAGAUUUUGCGAAUGCCGUCUUUUGUUUGCUGAACACAAAAGGCACCAUCAUGCCCAAACUCACACCCAGUCAGUUUGAGUUAUACCUCACUAUGUUCCGGACUAGCAGUUGCCCCCCAGGGGAUAUUCCCGUUGCUGGAAACACAUGGAUACAUCAUGAAGGUCCUCCAAUUAAGAAGGGAUUAUUAGUUCGUGCUGCUAUAAGAAUUCUUUAUACUCACAGAUAUCUGGCCCACCAGGAGACUGGUAGCAUAACAUAG